CGACGCUAAACCAAAAGCCAAUUAGCGUCUAAUGCCUUUCCUCUCCUUAUCCACUCACUUUAGAUUUGCACAAAUUCGAUGCCGUUUCACUUCCCUUUUAUUCUUUGCUGCCUGCCCACUCACCCACCCACCCUCGUCUUUCCUACUCACUCAUACUCCAAUUAAUGGUAUAAAAAAACUGAAUCACGAGGAUUAUUGAAUGAAGGGCUCAACACUUUUGAUCAUGGGUCAAAAUAUAUAGAUGAGCAGGUUUGGGUUCACGGAAGGGCCGUGGAUUUCGUGAUUUCAACACUUGUUGGACCCCCCCUGUGGGUCCUCCUCCCUCUCUCACUUGCAUCAUUAUAAACCUCAUUAACAUUUUUCUUUUUAAAGUUUCUAGGAUUUAGGUUUGAAUUUGACUAGUUUGCAUUCACAAGGAACAAAUAUUUAUUUAUUUAUGAAAUUCAAGAUUUUGAGGGCCAAAUAAAAUAUAAAAAAAGUUGAAACUAAACCUAAAAUCUUGCCAUUUCAGCACCUCAAAUUGAAUCUAUUUUCCGGAAAAGACAUGAUGUUUAUGAAUAAAAAGUACAGCGUCGGCCCAACUCAACCAAAAGCACUAUAUGUACUUCAAACCUAAUAUAACUUCACAUGGCGCAUGUAUGUAUGUACUCACACUGUUUGUCUUAUUUUAAUGCUAAACUAAAAGCAUGGCGUUGGAUACUGAUAUAAAAAGAUAUUGAGCGAAGACUCUGAAAUAGUGCAGAUUACAAAAAGAAUGAAACAGAGUAUUCUCAUUCUCUGUUUUCUCCUGUUUUCAUAAUACUAAUAAUUACCACCUUUGGUUUUGAUACAUAUAUAUUUAUUUUAUAUUUUUGAGUGCUGGAAGGAAUCAGAUGGCCAAAACCGAAGUGUUGAGUUCCGAUCCAACGCUGAGAGCGAGAGUGAGAGCGGCGGAAUUGAAGAAAGAAUUGCAGAGGCUGGUUAAGACUAUUGUCGAUGAUGAGGAUUGCAGCGUCCAGACCAUCAAUCAAGCGAAACAUGCUCUUUGUGCUUUGAGAGAGCUUAAGUUCAAUACACGAUCGUCGGCGACCACUAUGACGUCGUCCUUGAAGUUACAUGAACCGCUGCCUUGUCCUCAAAAGUUUAUAUGUCCUCUUUCUAAAAAGCUUAUGAGAGAUCCCGUUGUUUUAUCUUCUGGUCAGACAUAUGAAAGACCCUUCAUCGAGAAAUGGCUGAAAGCAGGCAAUCGGACUUGCCCUCAAACCCAACAAGUUCUUUCCCACACAGUUUUAACUCCGAAUCACCUUGUGAGUGAAAUGAUAUCGCAAUGGUGUAAGAGUCAAGGAAUUGAAUUGCCGGACCCAGUUCAGAACCGUAUACAGGAGGGUGUCACCGAAGCAGAGCGUCACCAUUUCUUUUCUUUGCUAGAUAAGUUGUCGGCCGCAGCGCUUCCUCAACAGAAGGAAGCGGUGAAGGAGCUGCGGUUGUUGACGAAGAACAUGCCUUCGUUCCGCUCCCUUUUUGGGGAAUCCGUGGACACCAUUCCGCAACUGCUCACCCCACUCUCAGGAACUAAAUCCCGCAGUGGUGUUCUUCACACUGAUCUCCAGGAAGAUGUGAUUACGACGCUGUUGAACCUUUCAAUCCAUGACAGCAACAAGAAACUUGUUGCCGAAACUCCAAAGGUUAUCCCUCUUCUUAUGGAAGCUCUGAGAUUUGGGACUAUCGAAACAAAAAGCAAUGCAGCUGCUGCCAUUUUCACCUUAUCUGCUCUUGAUUCUAACAAGACGCUUAUAGGCAAAUCAGGUGCUUUAAAGCCUCUCAUUGACCUUCUAGACGAAGGGCAUCCAUUAGCAAUGAAAGAUGUUGCUUCUGCAAUAUUUAACCUAUGCAUUAUGCAUGAGAAUAAAGCAAGAGCUGUAAGGGAUGGUGCAGUAAGUGUCAUUUUGAAAAAGAUCAUGGAUGGUGUGCUUGUAAAUGAGUUAUUGGCUAUCCUUGCAAUGCUUUCGACUCAUCAAAGGGCUGUUGAAGAAAUGGGGGAGCUGGGGGCUGUUCCUUGCUUGAUUCGCAUUGUAAGGGAAAGCACUUGUGAACGAAACAAGGAAAAUUGCAUUGCGAUCCUCCACACUGUAUGCCUUAAUGAUCGAACCAAAUUGAAGGCACUAAGGGAAGAAGAAAAUAUCCAUGGAACAAUAUCUAAGCUUGCUCUAGAUGGAACAAGUAGAGCCAAGAGAAAGGCUAGUGGCAUCCUUGACCGAUUGAGAAAGGGUGUUAAUAUUCCUCAUACCGCAUGAGCCAUGCAUCAUAAUCUGUAAAUUCUGUUACCAAAAUCCUGGUGAUCGCAGCAGCUUAUAUCAUAACCACAUUUUAAUACUUUCUGAAUAUCAAAUAAAAAAUUGCACUUGGAUUUGCCAAA